AUGCUCAUAGGAGCGGAAGCAUUUUUUGAAAUUAUGAGGGCAGGCGAUAUUAACAUACCAGGUACUGAAAUAGUUUUGAGAAAUUCUGUUUUUGGGUUUAUCUUUACGGGAGCAAUAUGUACAAAUAGUCAGGAUAAAGCUAAAGACUUCUGUGGGUUAAUCAGCCAAUCUACUAACACUUUAGAGCAAACCCUGAGAAAGUUUUGGGAAGUUGAGGAGUGCUUAAGCUCAAAAGAGCUCAAUUACAUGAGCCUAGAAGAUAAUUUAUGCGAGCUGCAUUAUCAAAAUACGCACAAGAGAGACGACACUGGUAGAUACAUAGUUCAAAUGCCAAUCAAAGAUCUCCAUAAGCUGGGAGAAUCCAAACAUUUAGCAGAGCAAAAACUUAAUCAGCUUUGGAGACGGCUUUCUAAAAAUGACACUAUGAGGAGUCAUUAUAUUAAAUUCAUGCAAGAAUACCUAGACAUGGGUCACAUGGAGCCCGUAGAAGCAGAGGAUGAUCAAGAUCCAGAGGAUAAAAGCAAUUAUCCUCACUGCUAUCUGCAGCAUCAUGGAGUCUACCGCCCUGAAAAGUCUACAACUCCUCUCAGAGUAGUCUUCAACGCCUCUGCACCUACUUCAACUGGUGUAAGCUUAAAUGAUCUACAAAUGAAAGGACAGGUAAACGAGGACAUUUUUGACAUUUUGGUGCGUUUCCGUAAACAUCACAUUGUGUUCACGACAGAUAUUCAAAAAAUGUUCCGUCAAAUAUUAGUUGAGCCUUCCCAAAGAAACCUUCUUCGCCUCCUUUGGAAAACAAGCGAGUAUCAACCUUGCAAAACGUACCGAUUGAAAACCGUAACAUACGGCACAACUUCAGCUCCUUUUUUGGCCACUCGAACAAUCCUCCAGGCAGCCAAAGAUGAGUCUGAAAGAUUUCCUCUUGCGGCCGAGGUUCUCGAGAGGGAUAGUUACAUGGAUGAUGUGGUCAGUGGAGUGGACAACGUACUUACAGCUGUGCGUCUUAAAUCUGAGUUGUCUGGUCUUCUAAGAUCUUGUGGCAUGGAGUUACAUAAGUGGAGAUCCAAUGCAGUUGAGUUAGACGAGUCAACUGAUGUCGUAGAGCACAGAUUUACCGACACUGACGAGACUACAAAAACGUUGGGUGUCAUCUGGAAUGCCAGAACAGAUGAAUUCCGGUUUCAACUCACUUCGUUAAAAGGGCAAGAAACCAAUACAAAGAGAGAUGUGCUUAGCGUCAUAGCACGAAAAGACAAAUGUGUUAGAGUUUGCAGUGUGAAAACCAAACGUGGUAUUUUCAAACGUCCUAUCACUAAGCUAGCCAUUUUACCAGUACCAGUUGAAGUUUGA